UCGGGAACAACACCUUGUUAAUUCGUGUGUACAGUGUACGUAUCGAUAGCCGUGAUUGAAUAAAAGUGAUCCGGCCGAGUGCACCGCUACCCCUGGAUUAGUCCGAGGACAUGAGACCACAGGAUGCCACCUUACUGCCGAAAGAACUCGAUCGUUCUCAGGACACAGCUGUCCGUGAGGGUGCACACCAUUAUAGAAAAAUUGCUGAACAGCGAGGGCCGCGAGCUGCGACGGGCUCUCUUCUCCCUCAAGCAGAUCUUUCAGGAGGACAAGGACCUGGUGCACGAGUUUGUGCAAAAUGAUGGUCUUGCCUGCCUCAUCAAGGUUGGCAGCGAGGCCGACCAGAAUUACCAAAAUUACAUAUUACGGGCUCUCGGUCAGGUGAUGCUCUACGUCGACGGUAUGAACGGAGUGAUGGAACAUGGCCAGACGGUGCAGUGGUUGUACACGCUGAUAGCCAGCCGCUUUCGACUGGUCGUGAAGACCGCGCUGAAGUUAUUGUUGGUGUUCGUCGAGUACGUGGAGACGAACAGCCUUCUGUUGGUGAGAGCGGUGCGGUCCGUGGACACGUCCAGGGGCAUGAUACCCUGGACGAACGUGAUGAAGCUACUGAAGGAUUACGACGCGGCCGAUACCGAGCUGCUAAUCUACGCCACGACGUUGGUCAACAAAUGUUUAAACGGCAUACCGGACCAGGACACUUAUUACGACCAAGUCGACUGUUUAGAGGAGCAAGGGAUCGAGGGCAUCAUCCAGAGGUACAUGUCCAAGCAAGGGACCGACCUCGAUUUGCUCAGACAGUUCCAAAUCUAUGAGGCUGUCCUACACCACGAAGAUGGGAACGAUAGGGGAUCCCCUAUUCGGCAGCUCGACGAUAACAUCAGGAAGACGCUGCGGAACCGGAAAUCGCUGGUGGAUUCGCACGAGCGUCGAAAAUCCCGCAGACACUCGACCGGUACGUCCCCGUUGUCGAUGUCCUUGAAUGCCCGGCUAAGUCCGCGGCUGAACCACUCGUUGGGUCUGAACUCUCUGAACAACACGCUGAACUCGAGCCUGCCCGACGACGACGAUGAAUCGAGCAGUUCCCAAAGCUCACAGGGACAUCUUGGCGAGGUUCAGCUGAACGGUAGCUACAAGGAAAACAAAGUGGAUGUUGGCGUGACACCGGCGUUAAGACGCCGAAGGGAGCGAGCGGAGAGACAGAGAAGCUUUAUCAGGGAGCAACAAGAGGCCACGGCGAAUAUGCGAGCAUCCGUGGGCCAUUCGGACGAUCAGGAAGGUCCUUUCCCGACAAACGGACUGCGUUACACGAACGGCACGUCAUACGACCGAAACGCGGACUCACCCUCGAACAAGUUGUCCAGGACGAACAGCAGGAAGGAUUUGACGCCCCUGAUGAAUGCCGCGAACAAGCUCGAUUCCGAGGAGAAGAAACCUUGGUACGGCAAGAGCCCGGACGAGGGUGUCGAGUGCGACGAGGGCAAUCACACCGACGAGGAUGAGGAUCGUCGAGUGGUUUUACAGCUGAAGAGGGAAGGAACCGUCAAGGAUCUCACACAAAAGCUGGCGGCUCAAAAUCUUAUACCGAGCAGUCCGGUCGAGGAGAAGGUUUCCAGGAUAGGUGAUAUGAGCGGUCUGAUCUCGAAAGCGAAGGAGGGCCUAGCCAAGUCUAAGUCGAAAGCGGACGUGUUGAAAUCUCCGACCGGCGACAAUCUGCCGAAACUACAGGAGACCAAGAAAUCGGAGAACGAGCUGCACUGGGAGGAGCUGGUUAAGAAGCUGAAGCGACCGUUGGCGCUCUGCGAUUUGGACUUUACCGAUCUGAAUUCCGACGACGAGGUCGACGUUCUUGGUCCCGUGAACGUGACCAACGGGGUACCGCCGCCUCCACCGCCCAUGGUACCCCCACCUGGUGGUAUACGCGCUCCUCCACCACCACCCUUAGGGGCACGACUGCCACCGCCACUUCCACAAGCCCCACCGCCCUUAUUCGGCGUGAAUCUGAAGUCCCCAAGGUCGCCAAACGCUAAUGACACCAGCAACACGCCAAAGAGUCCGCCGCCGACCCUGACCAAGAAGAGCAAGAAAACGGUGAAGCUGUUCUGGAAAGAGGUCAGGGACGAUCCUAUUAUUCUAUCCAGGCUCGACAAGAACAAGAUGAUAUGGGACGAGCUGUCCCCGGUGCCUGUGGACACGCAAAAGCUCGAGCAUCUGUUCGAGAGCCGCGCCAAGGAUCUCAUCACCAAGAAGCAGCAAGAGAUGAACAAGAACAAAGAGAUCAUCGUGUUGGAUCAUAAACGAUCGAACGCCAUCAAUAUCGGGAUGACGAAGUUGCCGCCGCCGAGAUCGAUUAAGACUGCCAUCUUGAAAAUGGAUGCAACCAUUAUGAACCGAGAGGGUAUCGAGAAACUAUUGACGAUGCUGCCAACCGAGGAGGAGAGGUCGAGGAUACAAGAGGCACAGGCCGCCAAUCCUGACCUACCUUUGGGAUCGGCCGAGCAGUUUCUUCUAACUUUGGCCUCCAUCUCGGAGUUACCCGCCAGACUGAAACUUUGGGCGUUCAAGCUGGACUUCGAGAAUUCGGAGAAGGAAAUUGCGGACCCUUUGAUGGAUCUGAAGCAGGGGAUGGAGACCCUGCGAGUGAAUAAAACGUUCCGCGGGAUUCUGAGCACGCUCCUUUCGAUCGGGAUAUUCCUGAACGGAAAUGAGGUGAAGGGCUUUCAGCUGGAAUACCUCGCCAAAGUACCUGAAGUGAAGGACACGGUCCACAAGCAUUCGCUGCUUCAUCACCUUUGCCACAUGGUGAUGGAGAAGUUUCCGGAUUCAACGGAUCUCUAUUCGGAGAUCGGUGCUGUGACGAGAGCCUCGAAGAUCGAUUUUGACGAGCUGGCGUCCAACAUCGGGAAGCUCGAGAGCGAGUGCAAGGCAUCCUGGGACCAUUUGAAGCUGAUCGCGAAACACGACGGUUCCACCAUGAUGAUUCCAAUGUCCGACUUCCUGGCGGACUGCGCGGAGAGGAUAAUCGUGCUGGGGAUCGUGCACAGGCGGAUCAUAAAUCGAUUCCAUAAAUUCAUCCUCUGGCUGGGGAUCCCGUUGCACAGGGUGCAGGAUACGAAGCCGAACGAGUUCUGCCGUGUCGUGUCCGAAUUCGCGUUGGAGUACCGAACGACCAGGGAGCGAGUGAUACAGCAGCUCGAGAAAAAAGCCAAUCACCGUGAACGAAAUAAGACCAGGGGGAAGAUGAUCACAGAGGUUGGUAAAUUCCGGACGAAGGAGGAUCGCGCGGACGCGGAGCUCAGGCAACUGCUCGGAAGCGAUAUCUCCGACGUGGAGAGUAUUCACGGUACCUUGCCCUGGAGGAGACAGAGGAAAGAUGGACGAACCUCGUUGGGUCCGCUGCUCCGCGAGGAGAAUACCAAUGGUAACCUGACAGACGGUGACGAUGAGCUGCUGGAAUCGUUGGUGAAGACCGCGACGAAGACUCCAGCGACGAGAACGACGCCCAGGGAGCGCAAGAGGACCAGACACGCCGAUCGUAAGUCUUUGCGUAGAACGCUGAAGAACGGCCUCUCGGAAGAGGAGAAGAAGCACAUCGCCGCCUACAUCAAGGGCUACUGACUGUGAUAAAACUUGAAACCUGUAAACUCGUCCGUAAGAAGAGAGGAACAAGCAGCACGAUCAUCGAACCUUUUGAUCGGACGUUGACGACACGGCCAGAGAUAUCGCGAUUCCAACGGAGGCGCGACCCAACGAACGUUGCGAGAAAUGGCGAGCGUCCCGAUGAAUCGCAGAGAUUACACCAAGGUUACACCCUAAAAGAAUUACACACAUAUAUAUAUAGAUACAUAUACAUAUAUUUCAAUCGAUAUUUCUGUAUGCUGACAGAAAGCUAACGUUUUUAUGAAAAUAAACACCC